UCAGAAAAGUGUGGGGAGUAAGAUCCUGUGGGGCUAAGGUGUAGGUUUCCAGACCUAGAUCCUUUGUUCUGAAACCAGUGUGAAGUAGUAUAAGCCACAAGACAGAGUCUCACCCAGCAUCUUCAAGGUUGGAUGCUUUAGCCUAGGGUUCUCCAGAAUGGUUUCUAAUGAGAAUUGGAAAGAGAUGUUGGCAACAACCACGGAAGGCAGCAAUGAGAAAGUGGCUGCCAGUCUGGCUCCCUGGUGCCACAGAUAGGUCUUUGGAGACCUUGUCUUCACUGCUGGAGAUACAGAAGGACACCACUGGUCAGGCUGCCUUAUGUCUAAACAGACCAGGUCUACAUGCAGCCCUAAAAGAUGGGGCAAAAUGCCAAACCAAAUGGCACCCCCUACCCCAGAGUCUGCCUGUUCCAUCUCAGCACCAAUGUUCACCUACUUGUGGGGAAACCAGUUUCUACUCAGCAGCUGAGAUCUUAGGAGGAAUUCUGGCCACAGGGAAGCCAGUACCAAGUGAGAAUAUGCAGCCAACCUCCGAUAUCUCUUGUUUGGAAAACAGCAGAAUGGUUAUUAGAGAUGAUGCACCAGGCAAGCAGAGAUGAGGGGUGGGCCUAAGACUGAGAACCUAAAAGAAAAAGUCCUAGUCUUAAAAGACCUCAUGCACUAGCCAUAUCUUGUUUCCCAACAGUGUAUCAGGGACUUGCAGCCAAGUCCGUAGCCGUGGUGGUGAGGACUGUCAGGGUAGGUUUAGGGUACUACUGAGAAGCUAUGACCACUUUGGUACAAGGAUGGGGUCAAUAAGAGCCUCUCCUAGAGAGGGAACCCCUAGGGCUGUGGGGCCCAGAGUGAGAAGAUAGGAAAUAAGGUUGAUCUUAUGGGCACAUGCUCACACAAAUGCAUACACAUACUCAAUGGUGGUGGUAUUUUGAUGUGCACACCCACACAUUGACUUGCCUGCUGGUUAGGAUCGGGUCAAGAUGGACCCUACUUACUGCCCUUGACAGUGUGGUCUGAGUUUUUCCUAUACUGGCUGGAGCGCCUCCAAAGCCUAGUCCCUCUGUCAGCAGGGAGUUGACUCCUCUGAGGUCAGGCCUGGGAGAAGCCUAGUAGAUUCCUAAGGUCUCACAGCAUACUUGCCUCUGGACAUUGACUGCUCACUGGGGAGCCUUGGUGACCUCAGAGCUUGAAUAUUCCCAGGAGCCCUCUGAAGGUUAUUCCCAGAUCAUCUGAGACUCUAGCUUCCUAGAGGCAGCUUGUGACACAGAGUCACACUCUACACAGAACACGUGGAUUGGGCCCUCAGCAGCUCUUCCUCUUCAGCACCUCAUGCCCUCUACAGGACCCUUCAAAGGACACCCUCCUUAGGUACCCACCUCUUCUCUGGACCUCCAUUUUCCUUUGAGCCCCUAAUUCCCUGGGCCCCAUUUUUGAUUACUAGUACUCAUAAGAAUUAGGCAGGAGAACCUCAAUUCUUCCAAUGCCCAGGCCCCCUUCCUCUGAUAGGACAUUGUCCCCAGGUUCCCACAAUCCCCCUUAUCUUAGCUCCCUUCAGAGUUGGCCUUGAUCAUAAAGAUAUCUAAGAGCAAAAUUGUGGCAGCCUUUGGGGAUCUGGACUAUUGGGUGGUCAGUGGAUACUUUUGGGUAGUUGAGUACAGCUAUUCCUUUUAUCUUCAUGAGGUCCCUCCCAGCAACAUACCCUCCCCACAAUCCUAUGUGGGGGCUCCCAUAUCAGGACCCCACAGUUCAUUAUGCUUGGUCAGAAGACAACUAAAUCUCAGUGAUAGGGAAGAACUGGCCUGGCCAAAGUGGGUGGAGAAGAGAAAAGACCACCGGUGUUAUUGCGUCUGGUCAGCAAGAACAUCUCAGCUCAUUGGCCCUGGAGCAGGCCAAGGACUGCCUCUGCUCCUGCUCACAGCGUCCAGUUCAUCCCACUCCAGUGUGGCACUCCCUACCCCAACCCUAGACACUCCUUGUCCAUCAACUCUUUGACCAACACUUCUACUGUGUCACCUGGGCAAAACUUCUUGAGAUUCCCUCUUUCCAAAAACACCUGAUCCUUCACGAAGUCUGGAACAAGCAGGUACCCACACCUGGGCCCCUAUUCAUUUAUUUAUUUAUUUAUUUAUUUGAGACAGUGUGUGUGUGUAGCCUUGGCUGUCUUGGAACUAGCUCUGUAAACCAGCUGGCCUCGAACUCACAGAGUUUCAUCUGCCUCUACCUUCCGAGUUUACAGGACCAAAGGUGUGCACCACAUCCUCCCAGCAUCCCUAAUAUUCUUAACUUGACCCACCAUCUAGGCUGUUGCCCAGGCUGGCCUAGCCAUGACCUUUCACCUCUGUUCCUGGGCUCCAGGACAAGGAGUUCCCCAAAGGCAGCAGGGUGCUCUGGAGCAGCAGCAGAUGAGGGUUUUGCAUGAAGCAAUUGUGAGAAUAUAGGUGAGAUGGGAGAAGAAAGGGCAGGACAUUGAUGGGACAGAAAAGUGCAAAUUGAGUGUGUCUGAGUGUGUGCUAGGCUCAGUGAAGGGUCCCUGCUGAGUACACUUGGGACCAGGUGGGCACACUUGCUUUCCAAAGGAGAGGGGCUUUAUCUGAAUACAUGAGCGUCUACUCUCAGUCCUGAGCCCUAAGACUCAGCCUGUGCUGAUCCUGGACCUAUUCUGGCUCCACACCCAUUCUGGGCCUGCCAGGGAGAGACCAGCCAAUCUCUGAUGUCUAACGUGUUCAGGGCCACACCCCCAGCUGCUGUUACCUAGAAGGUAUAAAUAAACCUGCUUCAAAGCUCAUGGCCUGAGAAUUCACACCUGUCGCAGUCAGCCAGCUCCUGGAUGAACACACACAUCGUACCUUCCAUUCCCACAUACAUAGAAGAGGUGCGCCAGCUGGACCGGUACCACAGAAGGCUGUUGGCUGCUGGCCUGUGGAGGAACACCUGCCAGGUGGAGCAGAGGCUGGGCCGGACCUGAAGGAGGGGGGACAAGUCAGCCUAGAAGUGCAGAGCUUUGCUGUGACCAGGGAAGAGGAUCAUGCUCAGGAACUGCUGACUCCUGGCUACCAGCUCAGAAUCAUGUCAUCAGGCCCGCGGGUGUGGUAUACAGCUCACCGCCAGAGCAGCUCCACAGCCACGGUGCCCAGGUCGCCUGGCCCAGUUGGGAGCCCCAGGUCGCCCGGCCCAGUUGGAAGCCCCAGGUCCCCUGGCUCAGUUGGGAGCCCCAGGUCGCCUGGCCCAGUUGGAAGCCCCAGGUCCCCUGGCUCAGUUGGGAGCCCCAGGUCGCCCGGCCCAGUUGGAAGCCCCAGGACCCCCAGUACUCCUGGCUCAGAGAAAGUGGCCUCCCCACUGGAGUGUUCCAUCUGCUUCUCAGGCUAUGACAACAUCUUCAAGACACCCAAGGAGCUCUCCUGUACUCAUGUCUUCUGCCUUGAGUGUUUGGCUAGGCUGGCAGCUGCCCAGCCUGCAGGCCGUCCUGGCAGAGAAGCUGUACCCUGCCCAUUCUGCCGACAGCCCACCACUGUACCUGCUGCUGGGGCUCCUGCGCUGCGCACCAGCCGUCAGCUGCAGGCCAAGAUGCCAGUGCACUUGCGGAGAGAGGAGCCCGUGUGGCUUGAGGGCACCAAACUGUGUUGCCGCCCCUUGUCCACCACUUCUGGCCAAGGGGCCAGUGACUUUGUGUGUGUGGAUGUAGGCCUGAGCAAACCAGCAGAACCCACACUGCCUGCACCUAUCCAGGACCCCCCUGAACCCAGGCGAGGCUGGCUGGCCCGCUGCUGGACACGGUUUGGAGACUGGCGUCAGGUAGCACUGGUUUCUGUGCUGUUGCUGUUGCUAUUUUGUGUGGUCCUCUGGCCUGUGCACUGUGCAUUCAAAACUGGAAAUCUGCGCUGCAUUAACCGGCCAUCUGUAGUCACUGCCGCUGUCACUUCGACUACUGACACGCUCUUUUUUGGGCUCCUAGCCAACAAAUAGGGUCAACAAUUUGUCCAGGCCAACUGUCCCGCUUGCUCCAUGGAUGGAUCCUGACCUAACAAGGUCAAGGACACAGCAGCUUUGGGAGUUGGUUUCCCAGAACAAAAGACACAUAUGUGUCCCUCACUCUCUAGGACUAGGUGCCAAUAGGAAGAAAAAGGUCUUCAAAGCCUCUAAGAAAUACAGGCAUCUAAGGGCUCCAGAAACUGCCCUCUGACCCUGUCAUACAGAUGGGGAAAGGAACCCAGGACCUUCCUGGACACACCGAAGUCCCCAAAAGGCAGAAGUUUUCCAUCCUUUUUUUAAUUAAAUUUAUUUAUUUUAUACCCUGACUGAAGUUUCCUCCCCCGCUCCUUUCUUUCUCAAGACAUUUUACCAGGGUCUUUCCUAGUUCCUUUCUUUGGGAAGGGCUGGACCCUUCCACUCAGUGGGGACGCUGAGCAGCUGGUUCUCUUAAUAAGAGUGACAGUGGAAAGGUAGGGCACCUCUGCCCAUUCACAGCAGGGACGUGUCUUCUGUCUC